GGGGCGGGGCUGAGCCGGGCCCGGGCGGCGGGGCCUGUUCGGUUCCCUCCGCUGUCAGCGCCGACCCCGGGCGGGGCAGGCAGCGAGCAGCGGCGGCGGGGGUCACCCCUCCCGGGAUGUCGCAGAGUGCCAUGUCCGAGACCUACGAUUUCCUGUUUAAGUUCUUGGUCAUAGGAAAUGCUGGAACUGGAAAAUCCUGUUUGCUACACCAAUUUAUUGAAAAGAAAUUCAAAGAUGACUCAAAUCAUACUAUAGGAGUGGAAUUCGGUUCAAAGAUCAUAAAUGUUGGUGGUAAAUAUGUAAAAUUGCAGAUAUGGGAUACAGCAGGACAAGAAAGGUUCAGGUCUGUAACAAGGAGUUACUAUAGAGGGGCUGCAGGUGCCUUGCUUGUCUAUGAUAUAACCAGCCGAGAAACCUACAAUGCACUUACUAAUUGGUUGACAGAUGCAAGAAUGUUAGCAAGUCAAAAUAUUGUGAUAAUACUGUGUGGAAACAAAAAGGAUCUUGAUGCAGAUCGUGAGGUCACUUUUUUAGAAGCAUCCCGGUUUGCACAGGAAAACGAGCUGAUGUUCUUGGAAACAAGUGCUCUAACGGGGGAAAAUGUCGAAGAGGCCUUUGUACAGUGUGCAAGGAAAAUACUCAAUAAAAUUGAAUCAGGAGAAUUGGAUCCAGAAAGAAUGGGCUCAGGUAUUCAGUAUGGAGAUGCUGCCUUGAGACAGCUGAGAUCACCACGUAGAGCACAAGCACAAAGUGCUCAAGAAUGUGGGUGUUAGAGAAACAAAAUACAAAAUCCCAAAUACUUACUUUAGAUACAGAAGCUCUCCUUGCAAGUGGUGUUUGAAGAAAGAGAAAAGCUUGAAGGCUAUGCAGUUUUUAAAAACAUCUUUCCACUAUCUACAAGCAGAGCAGACCACUGCUGACAGAAAGGUGUCCUGUGGUAGGGGGCAGGAAUGUGCACAGCACACAAGUCUGCAAAGCAAACUUGGUAGUUUGGUGGACAAUAUUAAGAUUCAGACCUGUAUGUAAAUGUUUUCCAUUACCUGUUUUUGUUCUUUCACCUCUAGUUUAAAGCAUUGCAAUGUACUGUAAAUAAUGUAAUAGUAAAUUUACAAAGCAUGGUAUACUUAUGUAUGCUAUUAGAAUGUUGCACUAUAAGCAGUUUAAUAUUUUAUUUUUUUACCAUAUAAACAAAUUUAAACAAGGUAGGCUUUGUCACGUUUGUUUGUUGCACAAUAGUUUGUAUUUACAGGCUGAAUUAUAAAACCACUGGCACCUGUCAGUGGGAGGUUGUUGGUUUAUUUUUUCCUACUCAGUUUGCCACAUUCUAACAAGCUGGUGACAGGAUCAAUUCUUAAUGUGUGGUUAUGACCCAUACUUCUGUAUCCUGAUAUGUCAAGGUGGAAAAGGCAAGUUAAAGCACAAGAGCAGAGCAAGAAUGCUACACCGAGCUAUACCAUCUUUCAUGAAAUGAGACUUGUGUUUAUUCCCUUUGUCCUGACAUUUUUGGUUCAAAUGGAUGCUUAUCUGAAAAGUAUGCACCUUAGGUUGUCUCUGAAUUAAAUGGAAUUAAGCAUGCUUUGUACUUGAAAAGCCUGGGUUUAGGUUUAAAAAGGCUGCUGGGUCCAAAAACUUCAAUGUUAUAUCACUCCUCUGUUGUAUUUAGGAUUGGAUUUGUUACAGAACUGAUAACAAUUAUUCACAAUGGUAUUCUCUUCCUGGUAAGAGGGUGAAGUGUUUUUUGAAGCAGCAUAACUGUAUUUUCAAGAACAUCUGAGAACUCUGAAGAAAUUUACCUGUCUUAAUCCUCAUUCAGUUCAGUUUGGCUUUCAGAACUGCAAAUGCUUACCAAAAGCAAGUCCUCUGGACUAGGAAGGUGGAUGGAGCUGUCUCCUCCACCAGUCCAAAUAGCUAGUUAUUAAUUGGGAUGUGUUGUCUGCCAGAGCUGGGGAGGGUGUUGGUUCCAAAACCCCAACCCAGUUCUGGAAUGCUGGGAAAAGAUGAGGUACUGGGUAGUCUGUUCCACCACACACCAUUCCACAACCCAGUCAGGUUUCUUGGCACGCUGGCAAAAGCUGAGCACUGGCACAGCACAAGGAGAGUUAAAGGUUGCUCUCCUGUCACUGUUAGAGUGGUGGAAGGGGUGUUGGCUGUUGAUGAAAACCUCUUUCCUUUAUUACAGUAGCAGUUGAAAAGGAGCAGAGGACUGUUGCUUAUAAAUAGAAAUUUCAGGGGUUUCACAGGGAUUUUCUUCUGUCCCUUUUACAUACAAGACUGGCUUUUUUCUUCUUUCUGUCCCUUUUACAUACAAGACUGGCCUCUUUUAUACUUGGUUCUUAUGAUCAUUUUGGUCAAGUGUCUCUGGUUUAAAAAGCAGUAAGCAGUUUUACUCUUUCAGUAACUGUCUUAAAGCUGUCCCCUUCCUCCCUGGAAGGAAAGAGUAGUGUCAUUAUAAUGAGUUUGAACAUGUUUUUACCAUUUUUUAAUGUAUACUCUUACUGUAUACACAUUAACCUGGUUAAUGUGCGUGUUUUGUAGUAUCUCAGCCUUUUAUGCUGCAUAUCUUGCUGACAUUCUAAAAAUAAAUUUUCUAAAAUUGCAACUCCUUAGAGAAAUACUGUUGGAAGCAAUAGCUCUCAGCAGUGCAAACUCUAUUGUUUACUAUAGCUCCUCUGAGGGUCUUUUAUUUCUAAAAAUAAACAUCAUGCCAAUAUCAGCCCUAGAGUAGAUUUCAAGCUUUAGCAUUAUAGUUGACACAGCAAACCAAACCUAGCUCACCUGAACAGUAAAUGAUAAAUAGGUUAUGUAUGUUUUUAGGGUAAAAUUCUUACUUUACCAAAGCAAGAUGGCUGGAAGUUUUACAUAAAGUACCACCAGGUACCUAUAUCUGAGGUUUCAUUGGAUGUGGAGCUUUAGCUGUUCAGCCCAUUAAGAGAUUUAAAUGUCUUAUUAAAGUCUGUGUCUUGCCUUUUAAUGAGUCUGUUGGCCUACACUAUUUCAUUUAAUGCUUGUAUCUAGCACCAAAUAAAGAUUCUUCCUUGAUUUUC